UCCUUCGUCGGCCUUGCAUGUCUGCUGACGGAAAGUAACGACGCGGGCGGCGGGAGGAAAUGUUGUAGCGGGCAAUUAGUUGCCAAACCCGCCUCAGGGAAUGCAAAACUUUGAAGCCGAAUUUUACAUUUUAAGACAUUUGUGCGUGCCCGAAGACCACCCUUACUGCUGUCGCUUGGUUUCUCAUGGAAGCGGAUGGAUUAAUAAGGAGGCGUCGGAUGACAGCGGAGACUGCAGGCAACGAUCCCGGGGUUGCUGGUGCAUCUGCCGGCGCAGAAGUUCGAUGGCUGGGGGGCAGGUUCUUUGGAGUUUCGGAAAGUAUCGUGGGAAGCCUGACGCCUAGAAUUGGGGGCGAGACCGAACUACAGACUGUUGACUUCACCCGUAACGCACAGGAUCAUAUUGAUGACUCAGAACCGGACUAUGAAGGUUUGCCACAGGGAGCCUCCACGAGCACCCACAUGUUGGCUGGAGCCGUGACCGGGAUCAUGGAGCACUGUCUCAUGUUUCCCGUCGAUUGUGUCAAGACAAGAAUGCAGAGCCUCCAGCCCGACCCUGCCGCUCGUUACCGGAACGUGAUGGAUGCCCUCCGCCGCAUAGUGGCCACAGAGGGAGCGUGGCGGCCAAUGAGAGGGUUGAAUGUGACUGCCGUCGGGGCGGGGCCUGCUCACGCCCUAUAUUUCGCCAGCUAUGAGAAACUCAAAAAGACUCUGAGUGAUGUGAUCCACCCUGGCGCUAACAGCCAUUUGGCUAAUGGAGCAGCUGGAUGUGUGGCCACUCUGCUUCAUGAUGCAGCCAUGAACCCAUCAGAAGUUGUGAAGCAGCGAAUGCAGAUGUAUAACUCACCCUACCACGGCGCAUUGGACUGUAUACGCGCGGUGUGGCAGAAGGAAGGUCCCCGUGCAUUCUACCGCAGCUAUACCACCCAACUGACUAUGAACAUACCCUUCCAAGCGCUCCACUUCAUGACUUACGAGUACCUGCAGGAGCUUCUCAACCCUCACAGACAGUACAACCCCUCGUCCCACAUGCUGUCCGGCGCCCUGGCCGGGGCCCUGGCCGCCGCCGCCACCACACCACUGGACGUGUGCAAAACCUUACUCAACACCCAAGAGUCAUUCGCUCUGAGCUCGCUCUCGGCCAAACAAGGAGCCCACAGACAUAUCACAGGCCUGGCCCACGCCUUCCGGACGGUUUACAGGCUGGGUGGCCUGUGGGGCUUCUUCAAGGGAGUGCAGGCGAGGCUCAUCUACCAGAUGCCCUCCACGGCCAUCAGCUGGUCAGUGUAUGAGUUCUUCAAGUAUGGACUCACCAAGCACCAGCACGACAAGAGGCGAGCACAGCAGAAGGAAGCGGAGAUGUAGAUGCUGCUAGAAGGCUGCUUAGAACGCACAGCACAUGAAAUUACACGAACACCCAUUUGAGUUGUCUGUCCAAGUAUUUUCAGAAAGAAUUAUUAAACCACAAUGUAGUGAUACCCACACUUUUAAGUUGUCAGAGAAAGUCAGUUUGAAGAUUGUUAAACCGGAGGCUAAGGGUUGUCACCAAAAGAGGGCAGUAGAGUCAUUUUCUUUAUUAUGAUUAUUAUUUUUUGUAAUCCACAGUCUAAAUUCACGUUUGCAGACGCACAACGUUAUUGUUGUACCCAUUUGACCAAUUACAGUUAAAAUAUUGUGGGGUGAAACUGGAAUGAUUAGACCUUGAAUCAAGUUCAUUUUGGUUUAUUUGCCACUUUUUAAUGUCUGCAAGUGCAUAUUGGAUUAAUCUAAAUCUUAUUUAUAAUUUAUUUUCAGUUUCUCCACUUGAAAAUGUGAUCGGUAGUAAUAAUAUAUACCUGUUUGCAUAAUAUGCAGUUCAUCGACAUCCCCUUGUACUUCUCAGUUAUUCACCACAACUGCCUUGUUUGCGCACUGCUGUUCUGAGGCUGAUCUAGUUUAUCUCACUGGUACUACUGAGUGUGCUAUUGUCAUGGAUUUUGAAGGCAGAGGUUGCAUGCAAAUUGGAGUAGGUCAUGCCCCCAAAAUUAUCAGUUUAAAUGAGGUCAAUAAGCUAUUUGGAAAUGUUGAUUUUUGUGCCCAUUUUGACUAAAUGUAAGCUGUCAUUUUUACUGAUUCUGAAUUGCACUCAUUAAAUAAUAAUGAGCAGUGAAGAGUGCUCAUAAAUCAUCAAUUUGUGUCGCUAUUUUUUACUAACUACUUAAGCCAUGUAAAACAAAAAUGCUAAAAAU